AGGGGCGGCAUGGCGGCGCUGGCCAGCUCGCUCAUCCGGCAGAAGCGCGAGGUGCGCGACCCGGCGGCCAGCCGGCCCGUCUCGGCGCAGCGCAAGGUGUGCCCGCGCGGCACCAAGUCGCUCUGCCAGAAGCAGCUGCUCGUCCUCAUCUCCAAGGUCCGCCUGUGCGGGGGGCGCCGGGGCCGCCUCGAGAAGACGCCCGAACCGCAGCUGAAAGGCAUCGUCACCAGGCUCUUCUGCCGGCAUGGCUACUACCUCCAGGUCCACCCGGACGGCAGAAUCGAUGGCACGAGAGAGGAUACCAAUGGGUUCGCUCUCUUUAACCUGAUCCCGGUGGGGCUCCGCGUGGUAGCCAUCCAGAGCACCAAGUCGGGGCAGUACGUGGCCAUGAACGCCGAGGGCUAUCUCUAUACCUCCGCUCACUUCACCACCGAGUGCCGUUUUAAGGAGUGUGUCUUUGAAAACUAUUAUGUGAUGUAUUCCUCCACCCUGUAUCGGCAGCGGGAAUCAGGUCGGUCAUGGUAUUUGGGUAUCAACAAAGAUGGGCAGGUGAUGAAGGGAAACCGAGUCAAGAAGACCAAAGCCGCCGCCCACUUCCUUCCCAAACUGCUGGAAGUGGCGUUAUAUCGUGAGCCAUCCCUUCACAACGUCGUUGAGUCGGUCCUGUCCAAGAAGGCAGAGGAGGAAGAUACAGCUGCACCCCUCAUCAAAGAGAUAUCUAAGGCUGAGGCCACGUAG